AUGGCUACCGAGAACUCGUUGUCCACCGACUCCAAGUACGACCAGUACGACUUCCCCACCACUGCGCCGGAGUCGCAGUCUGGCCACCCCGGCCACACCACCCCGGAACAGGAUGCUAAGGUGCACCAGCUCCGCGCUGAGCUGGAAAAGCUCGGCUACACUGAGCGCCUGGAUACAUUGACUCUGCUGCGUUUCCUCCGUGCCCGCAAGUUCGAUGUCGAGGCCGCUAAGAACAUGUUCACGAACAGUGAGACGUGGCGCAAGGAGUUCGGCACUGAUGACCUCGCUCGUACCUUCGAAUACCCCGAGAAGGAGAAGGUCUUCGAAUACUACCCCCAGUACUACCACAAGACUGAUAAGGAUGGACGCCCCGUGUACAUCGAGAAGCUGGGCAAGAUCGACCUGAACAAGAUGUACCAGAUCACAACCGCCGACCGCAUGCUCAAGAACCUCGUGACAGAGUAUGAGAAGCUCAGCGACCCCCGUCUCCCCGCCUGCUCCCGCAAGGCCGGCAAGCUCCUUGAAACUUGCUGCACAAUCAUGGACCUGAAGGGCGUUGGAAUCACCAGCGUGCCCUCCGUCUACGGAUACGUCAAGCAGGCCUCCGACAUCUCCCAGAACCACUACCCCGAGCGUCUCGGUAAGCUGUACCUGAUCAACGCCCCCUGGGGUUUCAGCAGCGUGUUCAGCGCCGUCAAGGGCUUCCUUGACCCCGUCACUGUUAGCAAGAUCCACGUCCUCGGUAGCGGAUACCAGAAGGAGCUUUUGGAACAGGUCCCCGCUGAGAACUUGCCCGUUGAGUUUGGCGGCUCUUGCAAGUGCGAGGGUGGCUGUGAGCUUUCUGACUUUGGUCCUUGGAAGGAGGAUGAGUGGGUUCGCACUCCCAAGUGGGCUCAGCCCAAGGAGGCUGAGGCUGCUACCCCUGUUGAGGCUGCUACCCCUGUUGAGGCUGCUACCCCUGUUGAGGCUGCUGCUCCUACUGAGGAGAAGAAGGAGGAGGCUGCUGCUGCUGAGGCAACCGCCUAA